AUGAAGAGCAUCACGCCCAGCAGAGGAAACUGUGCCACGUAUUAUGUGACGUGAAGCAGGUGACAUCCAGGAGAAGGUCCAAGAUGUUGGUCGCCGGUUCGGUGCAGUGGCUGUUAGGAGUUGCGGUGUUGGUGGCGGUGACUAACGACUGUUGCCGAGCCGCGGUCCACGGGAAUGGCGGCAAAAGCUCGGACUCCUCGCAGAACAGCCUGGAGGAAUCCUCGCCCUCGGGGCCGUACUUCGACACGACCGCCUCGAAGAAUGUCACGGCACUCCUGGGAAAGACGACCUACCUGAACUGCCGGGUGAAGAACAUCAGCAACAAGACGAUGUCGCUGCAGGUGUCCUGGGUGCGCCACAGGGACAUCCAUUUGCUGACCAUCGGCAGCUACACCUACACCAGCGACCAGCGGUUCAGGGCACUGCACAACAUGCGCUCGGACGACUGGACGUUGCAGAUCAAGUAUCCCCAGCACCGGGAUAGCGGCAUCUACGAGUGCCAGGUCUCCACGACACCUCACAUGAGCCACUUCGUCCACCUGGAUGUCGUCGAGCCCAGCACCGAGAUCGUCGGUGGUCCGGAUCUCUACAUCGACAGGGGCAGCACGAUCAACCUCACCUGUGUCGUUCUCCACAGUCCGGAGCCCCCGGCGUACAUUCUGUGGAACCACAAUAACACGAUAAUUAAUUUCGACUCCAGCAGAGGUGGAGUGUCGGUGGUGACCGAGAAGGGCGACAACACCACCAGCUCCUUGCUCGUGCAGCAGGCUAGGCCCUCGGACUCGGGUCGCUACACUUGCAACCCCAGCAGCGCCCAGCCCAAAUCGAUCACCGUACACGUACUCAACGGAGAGUAUCCCGCGGCAAUGCAGCACGGAGGCCAAGCCAAGCAGCCGAGGCUCUAUUCGCUUCUGCUCUGUCUGUGUCUACUGCUCUACUAGUUAAGUCACGCGAGGGCCUCGUCUCUUUCUAUCUCUCAGUCGCCAUUCGGUGUCGCGGAAGAAAAGGAAGAAGAAAAAAAAAAGAAAAGGAACUUUUUGUAAAGGAGGCGGUGAUCCUGUAUAGACUUAAGUAGCGGGUCUAGGCGAGACAAUGGACGUUGCCGCGAAUCACGGCGACCACGAGGAGUCCCGAAAAAGAGGAGUCGAAGAAGAGCAUCCAUUCUAAAUGGCGGCUUCGUCAACCGACACCGCGGAGCUGUCAAAAACCACGUGGAAGGGACGCGCACCAGGACUCAACCAAAAUAAGAAAAAGAGUGGAAAUUGAAUCCCUCGCCAGAAGAAAAAUUAAAAUCAACCUGUGGGAGUGGUUAAUCCCCCGAGAGAUUAAAAAAAAAAUCAAAUACCGCGCAUAUCUUCCAAGAGCUGCCGAAAGUAAGAGAUAUAGAUCUAACUGAGGAGGAAUUUUUUGCACCGAGCGAGGAUUUUUAAACCUUUUUUUUUUUUGUAGGUUAUAGGAAAACCACGUGGAUUUCGUUGUUGGUACUUUUCUACCGAGGGAGGGGUAUCCAGGGACGGUGGAAAUUAUCCCCCGAUAAAUUUCCCGGCGCGUUUUUCCCCCUUUUAUCGGCAAGUCGAAGUUUCGCCGGUAUCGGCGCAUCAUUGUUUGCCGGAGACGCGUGAACGCGCAACCCUUUAUUACCGUAACAAUGGCGGCCCCGAUAGAGAGUGCGCCGCACCGACUCCGAGGCAUUGUGCAAUUGCGCGUGCCCUGCUCGGCAAAAAUGCACCCGAUGGGAAGAUUAUUCUAAUGCAGUGGGUCGUACGCGUCCUGGAGGUAUUGCGGAGGAAACGCGGUGGAAAAAUUCGUCAGAGCUGGCGCGAAUCUGCCGAAGCGGUUCGACUUUCGGGGCCGCCGAAGGAGGCCGCGCGGCGCGUCCCGAAUCUCCUGGAGUUCCAGUUUUUCCGAAAAAACGAUCCCCCGUGGGCUGAGUGUCGAGACGCGAUAGUAAUCUGCCGAAAAGCGGAGGGGGCGAGGGGGGAACGGCGACACGGUCGAUGAUUAAUCGGGUCCAAAGAACCCGGACGAUUACGGGGCAUAUUGCCGGCAAGAUGGCGGCCGCCGCGUUCCAGUUCCACGGUCGCGCUUUAUAUCUCCCGGUGUCCUGGCGGCGUUUGUGUGCCAGCCGAAGCCUUAAUAACAUUAAUUCAAUGCCCAUACGAAUAUCGAGCGGUUCUUUAUCAACGGCGGGACACGCACCGAAAAUAAACAGCCGUCCCCCCCGCGGUCUUGCCGCAAUUUCCGGGGCCGCCUCGCGAGGCUUUCUAGGAAUUUUCAUGGGCUUUUUAGCCCCGUUCGCCGGGGCCGUUUGCACGAACGGACCUUCGUGACCGCUUGAAAAUGUAAAAGGCUAAAAGAAAAUGCGAGCAUCGACUCCAGCCAGGACGGAUUUCCGUAUCAACGAGUACCGAUUCGCGGACCCUCGACGCGCGGGACCGAAAUGGCGGAUCCGAAAGCACUCGGGAAAGAGAUUAGGAGAAAGUCGCCAAAUGCGUGAUAGUUAAAUCGUACCCCAGGUGUUUUAUUGUCAGUAAAAAUUUCUGACAUCGAGUAUUAGGUGUUUACACGGAGUGUUAUAUGUCACGGAUAACAACAACGAAAUGAAGAGUAUGACGUGUCGCGAAAAAUUAAUUAAAUGCUGACGGGAGAGGAUUUAGGGUAUCUAGUACGUAUUUGGUAACUUUCUCCCACCACACGACCGGAGGACGGUUUCUACCCCGUCUCGAUUCUUCAUUCUACCUCGUUUAUUGUUCGGCUCGCUUUUCGAGGCCCCGAAACUCGAUCCGGAAUGUCAGACCGAGUGCAUUCGGGCAAAUAUUUUCCGCCCUCUGUAUCCGCGCCAAAAGGAAUCGGAAUUCGCCGGCUAACUCGCUUUUAACUUUGCUAGGGAUUUUCAGGGAGGUUUCCGGUCCUCUUGGGGGGUCGUAUUCGUGACUUUGAACGAGGCCACACCCUCGCGACUGGACGCAAAACGUCGAUUAUGCGCCGCGACGGCCGCGUUCGCGGUCUCCAAAAUGGCGGCGCGCACCCCUUGCCGGGGAAGAAAAUUACUUUUGGGUGUAAAAGGAAUGGCCGGGACGAAAAAAAAAAAUCAGGAACCGCUGCAGAGGACUUGUGCUCGACGCACUCGCGGGCGUAAACUUGUUUUCCAUAUUCGCGGGAUCAUAAAUAAAAUGGAAAACCUCGGCGCGACAAACAUGGCAUGACGCGCGAUUGGCCGGCGAAUGUUCAAUAGCCUCCGCUCUCUGUUUUGGCAGCGUUCCGAUAUUUGCCGAGAGAGCACUGCCAGCCCUCGGUGCAGUAAUUACUGACUCGAUUCGUGCAGAAAUCGGAACUUCUGCUACAAACACUGCAGAGAUGAAACGUCCCCGAGCGCCAACCGAUGGAUUUCUCCCAGCUCCGUGAUAGCCUUUAUUUAGAAACUAAUCCGCCAAUUUUCCGUCGCCCAGAAAUGUCAACGUCAAUCGAGCGCGUUCUCCACAUUAAUUUCCCAAUCGUCGUUCGUCGAAUACGGCAGACCCGCGAGCGCCUUGAGCCUUCCCUCGUAUUUCCGUAAUUACGGGGAGAAAAUCGAGGAAAAGGGAAGAAAAUUAACUCCCUGGGAGGAAAUUUCAACGUUUCGGGGAAACUCAUCGUUGCCCCGCGUUGAUAAACAUCCCGAGGCAAAUGUACGAACGCAUAAUUGUGGCCCGAUGGGUACUGCGAAUUUGUAAUAAGUAGAGCGUAAAAUCCGCGAAUUCGUAAAAUUGCUGGCUGGUUCGGCUAGAAUUUUGAGGAGUAAUUCGAUGACCGUUAAUGAAAAUUAAACCCGGCCAAAUGAAAACCGCGAAUUUUCAAUGAGGAAGGCGUAAAACUCGGCUUUCGUAAAAUCGCCAACCGGUUAGGCUCGCAUUUCGAGGAGUAAUUCGAUGACCGUAAUGAAAAUUGAACGCGGCCCCCGAUUCGGCCGCCAUUUCCGGAGACCUCGAUGACUGCCGAUACACACCGGGGAUUUCCUGAAAUCCCUGCAGGAAAUUUCUCCCCGAAUCUGGGCGGGAGUAAUUGCUGGCAACGUUCUGUCAUUUAUUUCAGCACGCGGGGCCGAGCUGACGGUGAAUAUCGGGACGCGGAACCAGCGAGCCAACGAACCGAGAAAAAUUCCAUUUACUCCUCGACCCUGCGCCUUUUAUCGAAAUUCAGGAUCCGCGGAGGAGAGGCUCGCCGCGCCCCUUUUUCCCAUUAAUUCUUUUCCCCUUUCGCCGUUCCUCCGUACAUUUCGCAUCUUAGAUUCGGUAUCGAUGCCGGCUCGCUUCGAGCCCCUCGACUUUUCCGCGUCCAACGACGCAGGCAUUACUGCCUGUCAGACGUGCGUUUUACAGGGCAUACGUGCCAUCGCACCCGCUCUGUCGGUGGGUGCAUCGUGGAAAAAUUUAACGACCUUUAUGUACUCGCGCGAUUUCCUCUCUCGCGAGCGCUCCCACUUGUUAACGAUCGCGGUGGCCUCCCAUGAAUGGGAACGCGAUGGAAAGUGUCACAUCCGAGUCACACCUCCCGGCCUAUUAAAUGAAUUACCCCGAAUCGACGAUGCUUCACUGCUAUAAGGAAAAAAAUAUUCCAAAUUACCCCUGACCUAAUGAACACCGUUUCCCUCCCUCGCGAGGUAUCCUCGAAAAGCAGACCAGGAAUGUUCGUGAAAAUUUUUGCGAAAAAAAUACGCGAGGUUAUUCUUUCAAAUUUUUCGGAAAAACCCUCCAGGCUAUUCGUCCAAAUUUUUCAACGAACACAGGCAGCUCUGGCCAGUCUCUCUGCAUAGUUUUCGCUUAACAUCGGCCUCGAGUUUCGAUUUGACCAAUGGUCGAGUUCGAUGGCCCAAUCGCCAGUUAAACUAAAACUUGAAGCGCGAGUUCCGUUCCCAAGCAAAGGCGCCGUAACGACCCCCCAGGAAACCCGCAAAACCGAAAUCGCCCUUUGCACGACGUCCCGACGUGUAAAUCGUGCGACGUCACAAGUUUCAUAUUUUGAAGCGUUCCGAGGACCUCGAAACAUUUUUUUAAAAAUUUGAUAUACGUGAAAAAAAAAUGAUUUCCCUCCCGACACAUGAACUCCAGUGAUAUUGGAUUGACCAAAAAACCCCGCGACACUCGCGUAACGAUUUCAACGUUUAUUUUUAUUCAUCGAAUCCCAGCUUCGAUGACACAUUCUCCAUCUCUAUCUGUGAUCUAUGCCCAUCGAUCAAGCAGCUUCGCGACGCCUCUCUGCAUAUUUUCCUCGGAUUUAGAAAUGAAUGUAUAAAGUGUCGCUUUUUUGGCCAAUCCGAUGAAACCGCACCGACAGAGCUGCAAUUUAGACUUUUCUAAAAAAUAUUCCGUAUCGACGUGGGACUUCACCUCCGCAAGUAUCGUUUAUCUCGAGGAUUAAGGAAGACCUCCAGGUGAUGGAAUCAUCCCUGGCGAGGAUCGUGGAAUUCGAGGAAUUCAAGAAAUUCCUGCGUUUCUGAUCAGUCGAGCCAGUCGAUGCGCGGCCGCGAGUUCUCUUCCUAGGGGAUUCCUAAGGCGAAUCCCCCUCGUUUCCGGGAGCGAGACUAAUUCUAAGCAGCUUCGAGUCCAUUAAUUUGUACGAUUAACACACUAACGAUAAGUAGGGUACCGUAUCACCUGAGGCACGACUUAAUCUUCGCGCCCUCUCGCGAGCUGCGCAUUAUCGGACGAUCAUUUCGAGUCAUCAUCGCCGCGAAAGGCAGAACGCGAUAUCGAGAAAACCGAAAAAAAGACUCACCAAGAAAAAAACCAAGAGAAAAAUCCGCAAAGCGAAUCCGCGUUCCCACCGAAAGGACGAAUGCGCGAUGCAAGACUGAACAACGCUCCCUCCGGUCAGUGUCGGUUUUUUUUUUUCCUCGGAAAAAAAAAGGUGAAUAAUAAAAUAACUAGGUAAACAAAUGAGGCAUCGCUCUCGGGAGGCGAGGACGAAGCGAAAGAAAAAAACGAAAAAAAAAAUAAGUGAAAGAAGAAAGGAAGAAAUAGCGAAAUCCAAAAUCCACCGAAGGGCUUCGACUUCGAGCGGCUCCGUGGCAGAAGAACCGCGACUAGAGAGACUCUCCCGCACCUCUUGAAUGUACAUAUGUAUUUAAUGCGGUUUAGUUGUUUAGUUGUUCUCGACAAUAUUGAAUAAAAAAAAAAAGAAGAAGAAGAAGAGGAGAGAGGGCGUAACGGGGCAAGAGGGCGAGAUCCGCGGUGGCGAUUGUCGUUAUUUACCGUGCUUCUUUUUUACACGAUACGCGAUAUCUAACCAACACUCUGACCAACGGAACGACGUGACGCGAGACGCGGGGUGCGAUCCGCACACCGGAGAGCACGAUCUUAGGGUGUAAUAUACAAGUUAUAUAAUUAUAUACAUAUACGGAUAAUUACGGAUAUCGAGACCUAAAGAGUGGCGGCGUGUAAUAUAUACAUAAUGUAACGAGACCGGGACGGUAGUCGACGGAGGAAAGAAGAUGGCGGAAAUGGGAAAACGGCGGGCAAAGGGGAUAUCGAGCGUAACGAUUAAAUGUACCACUUGCGGCGUACGCAUUACACGUACUUGCGCCAUGUUACCGUAUACCGCGUUUUAAUGUAACCGUAACGUACGAUCUAGUCAGUGUACAAUUAUUGUGAAUUCGCCGUGUCGCGGGUGCACUCGGAGGGCCGCCACCCGGCCGUAUCUCCCCGUUUCGCGACUCCGGGAGAACUGGGACCUCGGCUGCUGCCACGAGGAAAGAACCUCGGUACUUCGGAAUCCCGCCGAUUUCGCGAGAAGGAAAAAUCCUUCGAGAUAGGACAGAAAGAGAGAGAGAGAGAGAGAGAGAGACGAAGACGACCUGGACAUAGACUUCGAAGAUAGCGUCGCAUACGUCGGAUACCGAAGGAGAAAUGGCAUUUCGCAGUCUUCUCCAAAGAAAGAGUGGAGAAAAAAGUCAAAGUGGAAACUUGGCGUAACUUCUCGAUGCUUCGGGUAUCGGGUCGUCCAACAAGUACCUGGGAUUUUUAGCGUUCAAAAUUUGACUCUUCGCUUGCAAAUACUCUUUCUACCCUGUGACCAUGUUAGGUGACAUUUCAAAGCGCAGACUUGGUCCUACAUUUUGCUAACAAUAAUUGUGUAUAAAUAUUGAUUUUUCUUCAUCAACGAUACGAAUGGGUUUCGUUACGUCAAGAUUUCGUUCGACCGAGGGGUUAGAGGAGAAGGGUCUAAAUUUACCGAAACACAGGGAGGGAGGGCGAUCGUUCUCGGCAGGGGGUCGAAUCGAAUCCAUUCCUCUCGGUUUUGGAGCCAAGGUUAGCCGACAUUAGCCAAAUUACCGAGGGUGCCUCCACCCCGUUUCGCGGAGGCUCCCCUCGAGCCGAUACGAAGCACGAGUCCGAUUUUAAAAGCGCCAUUUCUACGACUAAAGCGAUCCCUCGGCCCGGGAGUCGGCGAAUCGAAGACCUCCAGGGGGUGAUUUGAAAUAUACGGGGGUGAAUUUUGCGUCGAUGGGUGCAUGAUAAAUAGGCGAAGUUUCGCCACGCCGACGCCCGGCCUUAAAGCCCGAUUUACAUUCGAAUGCACCCCUUCGAAUUUGGAAAAAAAAAAGGGGUGGAUGCAUAAUUCACGCGUGUGUUUGCAGCCCCCAUGGUGGGCAGACAGGGGUGCAGGCGCACCUGGGGGGGUGGCGGAUCACCCCGGGGCAAAAAAGAGCCGGUCGCGUUACGGUAAUGACAAAAAAUGUACACUACGAGGGGAGAUGGAAUUAGUGCGCACCCCCGGGGGAUUUAUUGGAUCGAUUUGUCGCGUCCCGAUUCCGCGGCCGCCGCCCUAUCUAGGCGGAGGUCUCGUUAUCGGGGAGGAAACGAUCACGGAACGGAGGGUGUCUUCGGGGUGGGGAACACCUUCACGAGGCGACGAGGAAAGAGGGCGGGCUGCGAAUCGGCGUUCGCCCCUGGAAAAGGAAACCUGCGACAGACAGGAGAAAUCAAGCGACGUCUGGAUGGGCUUCAACAAAAAGGGGUAGAAAAUAUUUUAUACUAUUAUCCUGGGGUGGGUUGACCCGUUCAAACGCCAUAACCGUCAACGAGCUUUCCGUUUACCCCGCCACGAUCACCGGUGAUCGACCCGCGAUACAUGUUUUAAUAAAAUGAAAUUUACGCGAGGUGAGCGGACAGUCUGGUGGAAAUACGCAUGGUACCGAAUGCAUUAACCGAUCGCAGGAUGUGUGCGACGAAGUCACAAAAUUUAUUCCUGGCGAAAUAUCUUGGUCCUCCGUCGCGGCGGAGUGGGAACCUCCCCUAGGAAAAUCCCCAGUCCCGGGGGAAAAGCGUCGCCAAGUGCCGGGUAUUUUCCCCUAGACUUGGCAGCUGCGGAACAUGGGUUCUCCUGCGACUGCCGAAAUCGGGGCCCCUCUUCUUGGGAAAAUUCCAGGAAUCGAUGUCGUGCACCCUUCCUGGAGGUGUCCGGGAAUCGAACGCCUGAGAAGGUCGGAUGCUCGCACGGGAACCGCGGACUCGCGAUCUCGAUUCCCGGCUGGACGAUUCCUGGAGAGGGAAGGACGAUCCCUCGCCGCCGGACUAAUUUCGAAAAGGGAGACAACCUCUUCGAGGUGUCUUCGGGGGGUGCGCUUUCAUCCCUGUUGCGAGUCGUCCAGCGGAAUCGAGCGCAUUGUAAAUACUACUCGACGACGUCAUCCUCGAGGCGCGAGGAUGAGUACCUAAUUAAUGAUUAAGGGUCCUAGCGAUGUAAGGUCAUGAGACGCGACGCCAUUAACGCUGUUGAUAAUACAUGGACUUGUAUGCGACGCCGACGACUCGUCGUGGCUUUUCACGUCACCCCGUCGUCGGGUCCUCGAACAAGGCGAGGAGUCAUCUUCGCGACACCCAACCACACGGAAACACACACACACACGAUACACACGUCGGGCUCGCAUUCCUACAUACGUUCUGUCCCCGACCUAUCUUUCGUUUCACGCCUAGCGUGUAGAUAGGUUAAUGUACCGUUAAGUGUUUCGUCUAGCCUACUAUGUAUAUUGUAACUAUACUCAUAAAUAAAUGAUCA